GUGAAAUACAGUAGGAUGUUUCUGACUCACUGUAUGAUGGGAUGGAUUGUGUUGACAGCUCUUAGCUUCUGCCUGCCUGUGUGGAGCGCUACGAAAGUGACCCAGCCCUACAGAGUGGUGAGCACCAAUGGUGUGGCACAGAUUCAGUGUGUUAUCCAUCCACAAAGCCUGAAAUACCCAUACCCUGAGGAGGCCAGAGUCAGUGUGCUGAAGGGCCUCCAUGGCCACCAAGAACUCUGCUUCUCCAUCCUUAACUUCACAGACCAGAGAGAGACACGUAUGGAGCAAAAAGAUCAGGUGCAGUGUACUGCUGAGACCACACACGACACUGUGGAGGUGACACUCUCUGGACUGAAUGUCACUGACACAGAUAUGUAUCGCUGUGAAAUCUGGAUCUUCUACCCACCACCGUACCUGGAGCUUAUUGGCAAUGGCACACUCAUUCAUGUCCUCGACAGCUCCAGGUGCCCCGUGCAGGAAACUCAGAGGCAAAGUCACCACCAGGGUGAAGAAGAGGAAGAUGAUGAUAACACGGCACCAGUCAGUGUUCCGGUGGUUGUCCUGGUGAUAGCAAUCAUUUGUGUCUUAAUCAUCAUCAUCUACUUCCAGACUGUCCAAUGUGAACGAGGGAGGAGAGAAAUGUUGAGGCCGUGGCCUGGCAUGCUUCAUAAGGUGGACGGAGCUUCAGUUCCAUGUGAAAACAUCGUCUGUAAUAUGUGAACGUUGAUCGUGGAGCUAUCGUGUCCAGGGCAGAUUUUUCUUUGGCUUAGAAACGUUAGAAUAAUAUUAUUGCUUCUACCUAGUGAGCGGGGUGGGGAUUAUCAUUUUCACCUCUUUGACAACUGAUGAAAAACACCAAAAUAACAUUUUACUUUUUAAGUGAAAAAAUAAUGUUUACAUUCUUGUAGACUCAAAUUAUGGUAAAAAGCUGUAGCUUUAAUUUUCCAUUGAGUUUAGAUGUAAAAUCACUUGUAUUGUGCACAGCUUAAAUGCAACUUAAAAUGCAAUGCUUGGAAUAAUUAAAAGAGUACAAUGAUAGCUGUCUUUUACUGCAACUAUUGUUAUUGUUGUAAUGCAAAGCAAAUAUUCAUGUAUUCAUGUUGGAUAUUAACACAAAAUAAAGU